UUGCCAGCACAGACGGACAAGGCAGGGAAAGUGAAGAGAAGACAUCUGAUCUGCAAUCGGCCGGCCCAGUUCGUUCUCUUUCUCUCUCCUCACUUUCUCGUGUUUGUUGAGAGUGGUGGCAAGUUCAUAUCCAUAAUUAACUCUGUAACCUCUUCUCUUUACUCUUUCUCUUUCUUAUUUAUCAAAUUUCUCUCUCACUUUCAGUUCCACUUCACCCUCCAUUUCCUCUCUUCUUCUUCUUUUUCGCCGUCGUCGUUGUUGGGCCGAGAAGAUGCCGGGCCUAGUCUCCGUCAAGACCCCGCCGGAUGCGCCGCCGCUUCGGAUCUCGGUCUCCGAGGCCCAAACCCCGACCUCGACCACCCAGGCCCAGAGGUCCGAGCCCGGGAUCCCCAAAACCCCGUCUCCGCACCCCAAGAGGCUUCCCUCUCCUUCCCCUUCCAAUUCCCGAUCCAAGCCCUCGCCGGAUCGGAGGUCCAAGAAGCCCCAAUCUGACAGCCCCAACCAGAUCUUGUCGGAGAUGUCGCUCGACAACCCCGAUCUCGGACCCUUCCUCCUCAAGCUCGCCAGAGACACGAUCGCCUCCGGCGACGGUCCGGUCAAGGCCCUGGACUACGCGCUCAGGGCGUCCAAGUCGUUCGAGCGGUGCGCCGUUGACGGCGAGCCGAGUCUGGACCUGGCCAUGAGCCUCCACGUGCUCGCCGCGAUCUACUGCAGCUUGGGGAGGUUCGAGGAGGCCGUGCCGGUCCUGGAGAGGGCGAUCCAGGUGCCGGAGGUUUCGAGGGGUACUGAUCACGCACUCGCCGCGUUCUCCGGGCAUAUGCAGUUGGGAGAUACGUUCUCGAUGCUGGGACAAGUCGACCGGUCGAUUGCGUGUUACGAGGAAGGGUUGAAGAUCCAGAUCGAGGCAUUGGGAGAGACUGAUCCUAGAGUCGGAGAAACUUGCAGGUAUUUGGCUGAGGCCCAUGUUCAAGCAAUGCAGUUUGAUAGAGCAGAAGAAUUGUGUAAGAAAACUCUCGAAAUCCAUCGUGUUCAUAGUGAACCGGCAUCUCUUGAGGAGGCAGCGGACCGAAGGCUGAUGGCCCUUGUAUGUGAGGCAAAGGGUGAUUAUGAAGCAGCCCUUGAGCAUCUUGUCCUUGCCAGCAUGGCAAUGAUUGCAAAUGGGCAAGACAAUGAGGUUGCUGCUAUUGAUGUGAGCAUAGGCAACAUUUACAUGUCUCUUUGUCGCUUUGAUGAGGCAAUUUUCUCCUACCAGAAGGCACUCACUGUUUUUAAGUCAUCAAAGGGCGACAACCAUCCUUUGGUUGCUUCUGUCUUUGUACGUCUUGCUGACCUGUACCACCGGACUGGAAAGCUUAGGGAGUCCAAGUCAUAUUGUGAGAAUGCACUGAGGAUAUAUGCAAAACCUGUGCCUGGAACUACAGCAGAAGAAAUUGCUUGUGGGUUGACUGAAAUUUCUGCUAUUUAUGAGUCUGUUAAUGAACCUGAGGAGGCACUGAAGCUAUUGCAAAAGGCAAUGAAGUUGUUGGAGGAUAAACCAGGACAGCAAAGCACAAUUGCAGGAAUAGAGGCACGGAUGGGAGUGAUGUUCUAUAUGCUUGGACGAUAUGAAGAAGCAAGGAACUCUUUUGAGAAUGCUGUAGCAAAACUUAGAGCUAGUGGAGAGAGAAAGUCAGCUUUCUUUGGGGUUGUGUUGAACCAGAUGGGGUUGGCUUGUGUGCAGCUGUUCAAGAUAGACGAAGCUGCUGAGUUGUUUGAAGAGGCAAGGGGAAUAUUGGAACAAGAGUGUGGUUCUUGUCAUCAAGAUACCAUUGGGGUGUAUAGCAAUCUCGCAGCAACCUACGAUGCUAUGGGGAGAGUCGAUGAUGCAAUUGAGAUCCUGGAGUAUGUACUUAAAUUGCGAGAAGAAAAGCUUGGAAUUGCAAAUCCCGAUUUUGAGGAUGAGAAGCGAAGGCUAGCUGAGCUUCUGAAAGAAGCAGGCAAGACUCGAGACAGAAAGGCUAAAUCACUCGAAAACCUCAUUGAUCCAAACUCAAAGAAGACGAAGAAAGAGGUGACAAAGAGAUGGCCUGGUUUGGGGUUUAGAAUUUGAAGAAACAUCCUCAUUACUCUUCUGCGUUCAUCUGAUUUCUUACGAAGUGCACAUUAUGUAACAUAGAUCAUAUCGUGUAUAGGGUUGAAGUCUCUUAAUACGGCGAGGUUUUCGGUUUCUUGAGCUUUGAAAAUUCUCAUUUAUUUUUCUCCCGUUAAUUAUUUUAUUGAAUGUCUGCUGUUGCGAGCUUGAAGUUGUUCACUGAAAA